CAAGCCUUCCUCCUCCACUUCACUCCCUCCCUCAAGACCCUAAAUUUUCUCUGCUUUCUCUCGUUCUUUCUUCCUUUUCCCUGCGCCUGAAAAAUGGCCGGAAAAAAUAGGUUCAUGGCCAGCUUACUUGCCCUCCUCGACGAUGACAAGUUCAUGAGAGAUGUCGUGAGCAAGCCAUGCUCUGCGACAGAACAAGUUAAUGUCAGGUGUUACUUGAAUCUUGUCGAGAAAAUCCUCAGCCAAGCCAUAGCCAUUGUGGAUGACGUUGCUAAGAACACUCCGCCAAAGGGUGACCAAUGCCAAAGCAAAAGCUCAACCUCACUUUCGUUAGAACCUUCUCUUCCUUUGUCAUCCACCAUCAAUGAACUAUGCUAUCAGAUUACUUGCAAGGCCCGCAACAACGAUGUAUACCAAACAAUGGCUUCUCUUUUCAACAUGUUGUCAUCCUUUUCAUGGGAUGCCAAGGCUGUGCUGACACUCUUAGCUUUAUCGGUGUACUAUGCCGAGCAUUGGCGUCUCGCUCAAAUUGAAGAGUCAGAUGACCUUCUAAGCUUAACGGCGAUGUUGAGAGGGUCACAUGCGAUUGGUAAGUCCUCCGACACACAGCGGAUCAAGGCUUUUGUGGCGCUGAAUAAUCUGAUCAAGUUGGCUUUGGAGUUCACCAAGUGCGCAGUUGAGUUUGUGAGCUACUCCAAAGAUUUUGGAGAAAUUUCAGCAUCAGUCGACAUAUCAGGCCAUUUUUAUUACAUCAUUGUCAUCAUACUUGGCUGUUCAGUUCAGUUCAGUGGCUUGAUCAGCAUGAGCAAUGAGUUCCUAGGGCAAGAUCUGUGGACCUUCUUGGAGCGUGUCACAACGAAAUAUGAAUCCUUCAAGAAAGAAGUGGAAAAUCUGAGAGAAAAGCACGUGGAGCAAAUUUCAUAUCAGAAGAUUAAGAAACUUUUCAAACAUUGUACUGAUAUUGUGGAGCUUAUGGCCGCACUUUUUUGCACCAAGAACGAUUUUUCGACAGUUUAUCAAUGUUGCAAGAGGACAACGGUAACGGUAGAGAAGUUCAAGGAUAAGAACGUGAUGCUGCUUAUUUCGGACUUGAACUUGUCGGUCGAAGAUCUAGGAACCCUUACCAGCAUCUACAGUGAGUGCAACUUCCAAUGUAGUAAGUACAAAAUUAUGUGGGUUCCUAUUGUGGAGGAACAUAACGAGGUGAUGCAGAAGAAGUUCCUGGACAGGAGAUCUGAGAUGCGAUGGUACACAAGCAACUCCAUGGUCAGCAAGCCAGCAGCAAAGUUCAUCCGCAAGAAGUGGCAAUUUAGGCAGCAGACUAAGGUUGUAGUACUGAACAAACAGGGGAAGGUGGUAAACAUGGACGCGAUGGCGAUGAUACGCCUUUGGGGAAAAGAAGCCUUCCCAUUCACGAUGUCCAAGGGGAAGGAACUCUGGAACAGGCAAGGAAUCAACUGGUUAAAACUUGUGGUGAACAACAUGGUCUUCCCCGAUGUUGAACAAAGUCAGUUUGAAAGGGAGGAGCUCAUAUUCUUGUACGGCUCGGCUGAUGACCUCCAGACUGUCCAAAAAUUGAAAAAUACCUGAGCGAGAUCAACGGCUAUAUUGGCUCUUACAAGGUCAUCAACAUCAGCACCAAGAGGGAGCAAUUCCUUACCCGGCUCGAGAGCUGCCUGUCCUUGAAGAUGCAGGCCAGUUCGGAUGUCUAUGAUUCCCUUGCGCAGGAGCUGCUCGAGCUCUACACCAGCUACAAGCAGUUCGGUGGGUUCGCUGUCAUCGCGAGAGGGUCAAGGGUUGUCGUCAACACUCGUCUCAGGGAUUUCGAGACAGUGCUGUCGCAGCACCAGAUGUGGGUGAUUCCUGCACAGCCUUUUGAGGCCAUCUUCAAAAAGUACUACGAUGAGGUCGUCAGAAAGCCGCGCUGCCACCAUUUCUAUAUCCCCGGUGUACUCGGCAGCAUACCAGAGUGCAUCAAGUGUGCCAAGUGCUCUCGGUACAUGAAGACCGCCGUCAGCUUCGAGUGCUGCCAUAGUGACGAGCCGAUGAUGCCAUUUUGCCCAACCUCUUCGCUUGGCACUCAUGGAUUUCGAGACAGCGGAGUCGUAGCAACAGAGUCGUCAACAUGCCGGAAUGCUGUCGCAGCAACACCAGAGCUGGCAACAUACUGGAGUGCCAUCACCGCAUCAGAGUCGGCAACAUACCGGAGUUCUGUCGCAGCACCACCAGAGCCGGCAGCAUACUGGGGUGCAUCAGGUGUAUGAAGACUGCUGUCGCGUUCGACGGCUGCCACGGUGACCGGCCGAUGAGGCCAUCGUGCCCGACGCCUUUGUUUGGCGCUCCAGAAUAAACACACAUGUUUUGGUUGGUCGCGUUUUCACGGCAGAUGUUGCUUUUGAUUAGGAUUAGACUCUGCGCUAUGAAUAAAGGUUUCUUUGAUCCUUAACACGGUUGUGCUGGUUCUGGGUAGUACUUGAUGAUGUACUCUGCAUGCAGACACUGUGUGCUCCGAAUAAUUUUUUUUUAUGA